CUCAAUAUGACAUUCGCACUCUUCUAUUCCAAAAAUAUGACCCACUUUUCAAUUUCCCAAAAUAUGACUUCCGCACUCUUUCUCCCAAGUGUCUCGAUACUCACCCCCUUCCGCUUCAUUUGUCGCCUUCUUUCUUCGCACCAUUGGAGAGCAGAUACGAAGAGCACAUCAGCCGACUCCUCCACCAAGCAGCACAUCGUCUCCGCCUCAGGUCCCCUUCCAUCGUCGUCACCUCCUCCGCUUCCUUGGUCGUCUCUGUCUCCGACGUUCUCUCCGCCUUCUUUCUUCUAGCUUUCUGUCUAGCAUCGUCCUGGCGCGCGAAGACGGUGGUUCGACGGUUGGGGAGUGGCGGCCGGGAUUGUGGUCAAUGAUAGAUCCGGAUCUGGAUCCAUGGAGAUGGUGGCUAUGGUAAGAUCUGGGACAGAAGGGUCGUGACGGACAUCGGUGAGGGCUAUUUUGGGGCUGAAGUUCCGGAUCUGUCAACCUAGCUGGACGACGACUCAGAUUUGGUGCAUUAGGUGCCGGAUCUGCCGGAUCCACUAUCCUCGAAGUCGGAGCUCGGUCUGAGGGAAUGACAAGGGGCGGUGCAGGGGAGGGUGACAGGGACAGGGAAUAGGGGGCUACGAGGUUGGGUGGGGUUCUGGUGUGUAGAGCUGGGGAAGGGGAGGGGGUUGGAUACAAGUAGGGGUUGUGGAUGGGGAAUGGGUGGCAGCAGUGGACGUUGCAGCGGCAGUGGCUGGGGGAUGAGCAGGGUGGCGGUGGCGGCUUUGACUAGGCAGCAGGAUGGGCAGAGUGUUGUUCCUGGUGGCGGGACGGCAGAAAACUUUUCAGCAGCCACUAUGGCCGGUGGACGGGCACUCACUAGGAUCGGUGGGCGGGCAGUCACUGUGACCGGAGUCACUAUGAGCGGAGCAACGGCGGCAGCGGCGGCGGUGGCUGUGCCGGCGGCAGCGAUGGUUGUACCGGAGGCGGCGGCGGCGGUGUCGGCGGCGGCGGUGGGGUCAGCGGUCACAGAGGUACUGGUGGCUGGAAUAUUAUUAAACAAUAAGAAUAAAUGACUUUUGUCACUUUUUUGGAAAAAAUUAAAACUAGUCACAUUUUUGUCAUUUUCAUUCAUUUUAGUAAUAUUGGAAUAAAAAGGGCCUUAAUUAAAUUAAAGAUGUUUGUUGAAGGUAAGUCCCGUAGAUCUGAAAGCCCAACACGAACUUUGGAUAUAU